AUGAAUAAUUUCAUUCGUAAAAUUUUCUGUAAACAGGUGUAUGCUGAAAAUAUUGCGCCAAAGUAUUACGAAAAUGCGUAUAAACUGGGAGUAUCCCCAACCGAGGAGAGCAAGUUGCAAGCUGCUUUUGAAUCGCACACACGUUUGUGUCAUAAUCUGUAUGUUGCAAGGAAAUCCGACAUAACUGCAUAUUAUAAACAAGUUAAAAUGAGGGAAUUGAAUACAAUCUGUCCAUUGAUGAAUUGGAAAAAGUUGUUUGAAAGAUUAUUUCGACAAAUUGGAUUCAAAAAUUACAGAACAUUCAAAAUCAGUAUAGCGGACACAACAGCGUUAAAAUAUCAUUGCGCCUUACAUGAAAUUGAACUGUCAACACCUACUGGUAAAAGUACAAUUAAGAAUAUGGCUAUCAUGGACUUUAUGACAUAUCACGUUAACACUAUUGGGCUUGAGUGA